AAAAUGGUAAAAUCGUCAUUUCCGGCGGAAGCGCUGAGUGGUUUCUAUAAGUAACAGCAAGCUGGCCUUUCUCUGUUUUUUCCACCAUUUGAAGAGAAGAGAGAGAGAAUUUUAUUACGAGCAAAAUUACAGAGAGAGAGAAACUGAGAAGAAAACCAUUAGACCUAGUAAAGCCGGACUCUGAGUCCUUUUGCCGGAGAUGAAGAACUGCGAGCUUUGUCACCUACCUGCGCGGACCUACUGCGAAUCGGACCAGGCGAUUCUCUGCUGGGACUGCGAUUUCAAGGUUCACGGCGCCAAUUUCCUGGUGGCCAGGCACUCCAGGACGCUCCUCUGCCACGCGUGCCACGCGCCGACUGCCUGGAAGGCCUCCGGCGAGAAACUCGGCCAUACUUUUUCGGUUUGCGAGCGCUGUGUGGCGAGAAAUGAAAGCAGAGACGACGAGGAAGAGAGCCAGGCUGGCAAUGAUGAUGCUACGGAUGAUGAUGACCUCGAUGACUCCGAUUAUGAUGAUGACGACGGCGAUAUUGAUUUUGAUGACGACGGAGAUAAUCAGGUGGUGCCGUGGGGUUCGACGCCUCCUCCGCCAGCUGCGAGCUCUACCAGCAGCGACGAGGUUAGCAAUGACGGUAGAUAUGGUCGCCGAUCAGUAGGCGCGGUUUCGUUGAAGCGAACCAGAGAUAAUGCUUCCGAUCUUCGCUCUCUGGACGAUCUCCGCCGUUUAGCCGCUCGACUGAGGGGUGAAACAGCUGGCACCGCCCAUUCCGGUCGGUCAGGGACCGACGGCGGAGCCACUUUGGUUGACUGCAGAAGACCUUCAAAAGACCGGAGAGUGGAUCCAAACGGGUCGGGUCCGCGUUUAUAGCGGGCGAGAGAGUCGACGAGGAGAAAUCUCCGGCAAAAUGGCCGUAAACUCAGCGAAGCCGUCGAUCUUGACUCCUCAGAGCCUCGUAUCCCUCCGAUAUGAGGUAGCGUAAUUUUGAAGAUAUUUUCUUUUUACCUAACAAACCGCCUGAUCCACAUUUGACCAUUAGUUUAAAUCUAUAUACUAGUCAGACGAUUUCUUUGAUUUUUCUUAUUUUUUUUAACCGCCGAGUGUAAUUCUGAUUCUACAUUUCCUAUGGAUCAAAUGGAAUCUCCGUGUUUGUUUGGAUAUUUCCUUCUGUAAAUUUGAGACGGUGAAAGUAAAUUAAUUAGAGAAAUUAUCUUUUA